AAGUCCCACCAAAGUAUACACAAAGUCCAUUUCUUGAAGAAACAACUGCAUGUCAGAACUUUACUGUUCAUGUGCAUAUGCAUUAAUUUUCACAAUGAGGAAGUUCACCACAUCAGCCUUUGUUCUUCUGACCUGCAUGAUGCUGCUGUCCAUAACAGAAGACAUCUCUGCCAGACCACCAAUCCAACAGCUACGCUGCCAGUGUGUUAAAACCUAUUCGGGAAAACCAAUUAACCCAAAACUAAUACAGAAAGUACAAAUGAUUUCUGCUGGACCACAAUGCAGAAACGUGGAGAUCAUUGCCACUCUGAAAAAUGGACUGACGUGCCUCAAUCCCACUGACGAGUGGGUGAAAAAUAUCCUCGAAGCAUGAUUCCCCAUCUGUGUUUGCAUGCAGUAGUUUAGAAGUUUUCUUGCUAUAUUUUGUAACUCACAUUUUUCUUCUGCAUAUGUCUGCAGAGCUGUUAGAUGCAGACAUUGUAUCAUCCCCAUUGCAAACUGUUUGAACGCAGAUGAUUUGCUUACUAAACACAUUCUGACAAAGCAGAUUUAAAAUUUGCAUAAAAAAUAUAUUGUCAUUUUAGCCGAAAGAAACACUGCUCACUAACACUUUGCAUGAACAUGGUACAUUUUGCAAUGUAGAAAACAUAAAAAUAAAGUUUGUUGUUGUUGUAUUUCAA